AACAUGAUACGUAAACUGAAUGCCUCCAGAGAGCUGGAACCAGUGGAACUUCCCAACUGCCACCUUAUUAAGGGAAUCGAAAGUGGUGCAGAAGAUAUUGACAUCCUUCCUAAUGGUCUGGCUUUCAUUAGUUGUGGUUUAAAAUAUCCAGGCUUAAAAAGCUUUGCACCAGACAAACCAGGUGAAAUACUUCUGAUGGAUUUGAAUGAUGAAAACCCAAGAGCAGUGGAACUGAGAAUCAGCCGUGGGUUUGAUAUAGCAUCAUUUAACCCUCAUGGGAUCAGCACAUAUAUAGACAAAGAUGACUCGGUGUAUCUCUUCGUUGUGAAUCAUCCAGUCUUCAAGACCACAGUGGAGGUGUUCAAAUUUGUAGAAGAUGAUAAUUCUCUUGUACACCUGAAAACCAUCCGACACGAUCUUCUGCCAAGAGUAAAUGAUAUUGUGGCUGUGGGACCUGAUAAUUUCUAUGCUACUAAUGACCAUUAUUUCUCUGACCCCAUCUUGAUAUACUUGGAGUUGUUCCUGGGCUUGACCUGGUCAAAUGUUGUCUACUACAGUCCAACAGAAGUUAAAGAAGUAGCCUCUGGGUUUUAUUCAGCCAAUGGGAUUAACAUUUCACCAGACAAAAAGCAUGUUUAUAUUGCUGACCUGAUGGCUCAUAAUAUCCAUCUUAUGGAAAAACAUGCUAACUGGAGUCUAACUCCUGUAAAGGUGCUGGAACUGGAUACACUGAUUGAUAACUUAUCUGUUGAUCCUUACACUGGGGAUGUGUGGGGAGGUUGUCAUCCCAACGGCAUGAAGCUGUUCCUCUAUGACCCUGAGAAUGUCCCUGGUUCGGAGGUGCUCCGGAUCCAGAACAUUCAUUCUGCAAACCCUACAGUGACCCAGGUGUAUGCUGAGAAUGGCUCAGUUCUUCAGGGAAGCUCAGUUGCUGCAGUGCAUUCUGGGAAAUUGCUCAUAGGCACAAUAUUCCACAGAGCUCUCUACUGUGAGCUGUAGUUCACUCUGGAUAGACUUUGUUAGAGGGGAAGGGUUCAGCUUCUUCUAAAUAGCUGACUUCAAGCCACAUUACAGUAUGUCAUAAAAAUGUAACCCUAGGCUUCCUCUCCUCAAGGAAAUGUCAUAAGAGCUCUAUUCAGUGCUGAACAGGAAUGGAUUAAAAGAAUGUAUGUGGUGGGAGCGGGGAAAUGUGACAAUCAUGUCUUGGUUUGGGUCGCUGACCCUAAGUGCUUUGGGAGGGGGAAGUGCUUUUUACCCCUUGUCAGUUUUCUCUCUGGUACCAGAAAUGAUCUGAAACCCAUGUGUUGCCUUCUCAUGAACCGGUUCUCACGUGCUCUUGCCUACCUAUGAGAGUAUUGGAUACAUGAUUUAAAUGAACUCUUCAGAGAAUGAGUUAAAUCUCAGCUUUCUGAAGAGUUCUGAAAUGCCUUACCCAACUCAUGCCUUGGAGCCUGCAGUCUGUGUACAGCUAGGCAGGGGAACAGUGGGGAAAGGUGCAUCCCAGGGCUGCCCUCUAGUGCUGAAUGUGCUUCCUACACUGCUAAUUGCCAUGCUGUGUGAGAAACCGCCAUUUGCUGGAAUGAUGCCGUGCACACCAUGUAAUCGAUGAUUUGUGAGGCUGGGCCGAUCUUCGAGAGCCGAUAUGCUACCGCACCUCAUCUAGGCUAAACUGUUCUUCCAGGGCUUCUCGGGUCAGGAAAGAGGUAGGAUGGUCUUGUAGAGUGAACUCAGGUGUUGGAAUCACACUUCUGCCACAGAUGAGCUAUGUUGCUGGGGCGGGCUCCUCGCUCCACUAUCACCCUUGCUUCAGGAAUAGAUGAGGGUAAGAGAUGCUGAGGGCACAGAACAGUUACGAGGAGCAACUGGAACUAUGAAAGUAGCAUUGCCUUGGUGCCAGCUCCCUGAUCUGCCCGGGGGAUGCUGUAUUAAAUCCGCUAUUACACUGCCACAGGAAGUAGUAGUUGUACAGCCUAUCCUAAAGCCCUGGGUGUCAUACUCUGGCUACACUGGGAAGUAACUGUCAUGUGGCCUGACUAGGGUUAUUUUUAAUCCUCUGUGUAAAAAAUCCACAUACAGUAGCUGUGAAAAAUUCCAAUUGGCUAGAUACCAAAUCUACUGCUAGCUAUAUGUGGGGGGAGGAGGACCUAGUAAAACUCUAAAUGCUGAGAGCUAAAUGUCAGUCUCGGAGUUGGAAUUGUAGUGCAUGGCUUAAAGGCCUUAUGCAUUAUCAGCAUAGGAACAGAGAGACCUGCUGCUAGUCCCCUGCCUCCAUGUUCCUGUCAGUCGCUGUCCUCUCCAAACCCUCCCUGUGCUGUGAACCACUUUUCCUUUGGCUCUAUUGUCAGUGCUGCUAAAGGGGUGUAAAGUGGGAAACUCCACUGUGCUAUGGGACCCGUGAGUUCCAAGGGGAUGAAAUGGGAGAUUUCCUGCACUGUAGCUGCUAGGUUGUUGUGACCUCGAACAAAGGAAGCUUUUAAUUUUGGCACACUGGAUUACUUUAUACUCACUAUACUUUAUCUCUGGGCAGAUAGAAAAUGGGGUGUGUUUACAGAAACACCCAGGGGCCAGGUGGGGUCUACUGCCCUCAGUGGUUGCUCUAGAGGUCACAUCAACAUGUGCAGAGACAGUUCUGCCCCAUUUUUCCAUCAAUGGGCCCUGGCUACAGUUUGUGGGGGAGGGGGCAAGAGGCAUUGGCAAGGUGUUCUGGUGCCCUAUUUGUUGGCUGCUGUCAGGGCUCAUAGGGACCAGAGCACAAGUUAGGGCUGCCACCCCACAAACUAAUCAGAGGUCACAUGGGACUUCCUGAAAGAGGGGGAGGGCUAACUCAUGGCAGUGAAAAGCCUGGGGAGGGAAGGGUGUGUGCCUACGGCUGGUACACAUUACACCUGCUCUGAGGGGCUGUAUCAGUACCAGCAUGAACCUGACCCCAAAUCCCUGAGAACACUGUGCUAACUUGCCUUUAUUUUAGGGGGAGCAAAUGGGCUUCUCUCCCUGCUGCAUUUGUUUGAUCCACUCAAACAGUAAGGAAAGCAGAGCUUCCUCUCUUGCUUUUCCCAAAGGCCAAGUGGUGCCCUUCUGGGGAAAGUACUAAUAGUCACAUUUCUUCAAAUAGAGUGAGUUUGGAGUAUGCUCUAGUCUUGUGGUUAAUUGCUAUGUAAACAGAAUUAUUGUAAGGGAAAGCACCUGACAAAACUGAUCUUCACAGUAUCAUGUUUCUGAUGAGCAAUAUAAACAUUGAAUUUUUUUAUUUGAAAUUGUGGCAUCCCAGUACUCAGUGGAUCAUUAUAAACACUGCUUCCCUUUCUAAUCCCAGAGCUUUUCCUAAUUCAAUAAUUGAUGUACAGUGUCAAAUCUGAUUGUAAACCUGGUAACCUUUUUAAAAAAGAAUUGUGGCAUGUAAUUUCUCAUACAAACUGUGAGCUAAUUUACCACUUGCCCUUUAGAUUAAAGCUUCUUCAGAUGAAUGUAAAAUUAUCCAGAAUUGUUGUCAGGUAUCCUAAUUCUUGUCCUGAGAGAAAUAAAGCUUGUAUUGACCUUAGUUUUAUUUUAAUUGCAACUGUCUCUCUCCAUCAUGGUUUUUAUAUUAAACACACUGCUGUGGUA